UACAUAUGUUGGGCCAGAGGCGGAAAGCCAUAUUUUUGUCUUGAUGGAAAAGUAGUAGAGCACACAGUUGCGCACUCAUCACAUUUUCACAUAAACGCCUACACGCACACGAUUAAUAGUAUUAGUAACUGACUUUCGAUACAAUUUUCAACAGAAAAAGAACCAGAUAUAUACAGGAGCGAGUUGUUCCUACCACCUCGUCUCAACCAUGCGUGCUCAACCCUGGACGCGCAGCCCCACAGCCCCGCAGGUGGCGGCGGUCUGUAGACAGUGGGUCGCAUACCGGGGGCGCCGGUUGAUAUAGGUGCUCCUCCGUCCGCGUGUGUGACUUCGAUGAAGCCGCCUGCGGGUGUUGGGGUGGGGUCGUGCGUUCGCGACGUCGUUGUUGCGCCCUUUCGCGGUUCGUGACUUCUUCGUUGCAGCUUUUGCGUUGACGUUUGGUUGUGUCAUCACGACGUGACCAGACCUCUCGCGCAGGGGUAUCAGGAGUGCUGACUCGGAAGGAGAGCUGAGUUGCGUUGCCUACCGGCACUGCAACUCCGUCCUUCGCUCCUCGGCGUCGGUCCGCCGGUGUUCAUUGCUUAGGCAGUGAGCACAGUCGAAGGGGUUCAGCGGUUGGUGUGGGGGCGAGGGGUAGUCAGCUGUCCGUCUUCGCGCAGUCUUGAUUGCUUCUUCUCCUGUAGCGGACUUCUCUGUUGUUGUUCGAUUCAUCCAGCGUGCCUGGGAGCGCUUUGCCGAUCUGAUGAAGCAAAAUUCUUCGGGCUGAAGCAUCACGUUCACGUCGCCGCGCUUUGCGCUGUCUUCGCCUGGUAACAAGCCCGUGGAACUUUCCCGGGCAGACAUUCACUAGACACACCCGGGAGCAAACCCCCACAGCUUCGCCCGGUCCCCUCACUUCGCUGCAGGGAUUACGCGCCGGCACUGUUCCACGAUUUCGCUACCUAGCUCCGCAGCCCCGCGCGCCCGGCUCUCUGUCCCUGACAGCUCCGGGCCGCCCCGGCAUUUAGUCACAUUUGGGGAACGCGUCCGGCGGCCCAUGUCGUGUCCCACGGCUUGGCCCACCUUUACGUCCGGGACGUGGCUCUGUGGGGUUCGAGAGCCUGGCUUGCGUGGCUUGCUCACUGUAACUCGCUGUGCCGGCCGGGUUUUCUGUUUGCUGCCAGUGUGACCGUCGCAGGGCAUCGUGCGAUUCGGUCUGAGGCGCGCUCUGUCUCACAACUUGCGCUUCUAUUCAGUUGCGCGCGCCUUCAUCCUAUGGGUGAAUUGCGCAGUGAAGGCGAAAUUAUAUAUACAGGAGCGAGUUGUCACCACCACCUCGUCUCAACCACGCGUGCUAUCUAUCUUCGGCACCCCGUAGGCUUGGUCUUCGCCUUCAGCCCGCGGGCUUGCCUGCGCCUCUGCGAAAUCCCCGGCCGCCAUACCCCCCGGGGGGGCGACUUUCGGGGAGCCCCGGCCGGGCGGACGCUUCCAAGCGGCGCCCCGCCCCGUGCUGCCCCCACGGGGGGGUCUUCAACACCUCUUCGGGAAGUCUCCGGCACUGCUCGAGGGGCCUUCGAUACCCCUUGCGUGGGGCCUCGGGCGUCGCGAACUUGAUGCAGGGCAUUUCCGCUUCCAUCCCGCCAGGCCCCGCGGCGUGCCUUCGGGGCGCCUCGGGGGGCGGGCGCCUUCCCGCGGCGCCCCUUCGAGUGGUACCUACGAACGCCUCCAAGCGGCGCCCCCCCUCGCGCUCCUCCCCUUGAGGUGGUCUGCAGGACCCCUCGGUGGGAGCGAGUUGUUACUACCACCUCGUCUCAACCACACGUACUAUCAACUUAAGGGCUUCGCUCGUUCGCCAUUUUGAUAGCAUCCCUCUCCGUUCUCCGAAGGAGAAUCGAACGCGAUGGAUAAAGUAUACCAUGUGAAUCCGC